GGACCUCGAGCACCGCCCCCUCCUCGACAAUGUCCUCCACCCCAUGGACCUCGAGCACCGCCCCCUCGUCAACGAGCGCCGCCCCCUAGUCACGGAGCGCCGCCCCAUGGACCUGGUCCAGGACGUUCAUGGGGUGGACGAUGCCCCCCCGGACCACGACGACUGAUGCCCCCCUUGACCUCAAUUUCCAGUAAACCCUAAUAUCAGAAUUACAAAACUGUCCAAUUGCAUGACGAAUUUCAACAUCAGACCUGAGCGGGGCGGGCCCAGAGACCCUGCUGCAGUAAAAUGAGCUUUUCUAAUGGCGGUCUGAUGCUGAAACAUGCUGCUUUAUUGUGAAUGUCUAUCUUGGUGAAAAUAAUCUGGGACUUUGACUGUGGUUCGGAUGUAACUUAUAUUCAGGCUUCAGACAUCCAGAUGCAUAUCACAAGUCGUGCACAUCAAUUAUUACAGUUCUUCCUAAAAUUAGUUUGAGGCCACAAUUCCACAAAGCCCUAAUGUACCAACUGUUGGAGUAAUGUAGCAGCAUGGCUGUAUCUCCUCUAGAGGGCAGAAGUCCUCCUCGGCCCUAGUUUCUCACAGGAAGGAGGAUUUAAACAGAAGAAGAAAGCGGUUUAUUUACACCAGAAGCUGGUUGUAUAUAAAGUUUGGGAGGACUAUAAAAAUCUGAAGCAGACCAUCAGGUCCAGACAUGUUGAGCCUGGAGACUGUGGAGGGUCAGAUCUCUGCUCUGGUGCAGACUGUGGUGGACUCGGCCGUCACGGAGCUCCGCAGACUUCUGGAGCGGUGCUCGGUGAGCCGCGUGGCCGCUCGGCAGCGCUCUGCUGCGGCUACAGGCUCCGCGAUGAGCACGGAGGAGGAGGAGGAGGAGGAGGAGGAGGAGGAGGAGGAGGAGGGCGGAGGGAGUCCGGAGCAGAGAGACCCGCUCCAUACAGCCGUCACGAGGCAGUUUGCAGCCCUGAUGGAAGCGUGUACUAAAGGAGUGCUGGACAAGAUCCUGCUGAUGCUGAAGGUGUCCAUGUGUGAAGCCGAGGACACCAACCGGACUAACCAGUCCAACCAGACCAGCCAGACUAACCAGACCAGCCAGUCCAACCAGACCAGCCGGACUAACCAGGCCAGCCAGGCCAGCCAGGCCAACCAGACCCACCAGACCCACCAGACCCACCAGACCCACCAGACCCACCAGACCAGCCAGGCCAACCAGACCCACCAGACCCACCAGACCAACCAGUCCAACCAGUCCAACCAGUCCAACCAGGCCAGCCAUACCAGUCAGACCAACCAGGCCAGCACCAGGCUGACAGCAGGGAACCAGUCUACAGAGCAAACCACGGAUGCAGACCCCAGUGGGAGUGGAUCCAGGUCUCCAUGUGGAGAUGUGUUAACAGUCUUCAGCCACCUCGUCCCGAGUUAA